AUGAGCAAUAUCAGAGAGACCUCGCAGCAGGACCGCAGGGUCUACGUUGGUAAUCUAUCCUACGAUGUGAAGUGGCACCAUCUUAAAGAUUUUAUGAGACAAGCUGGAGAGGUUCUCUUCGCCGAGGUGUUGUUGCUUCCGAAUGGAAUGUCGAAGGUGGGCGCCUACACUAUUGUGGAAUAUGCAACGAGGGAACAAGCCCAGAACGCAGUCAACACUCUAAGCAACCAGAACCUUAUGGGAAGACUGGUUUACGUUCGAGAGGAUCGAGAAGCUGAGCCCAGAUUCAUUGGUUCCAGCGGCGGCCGAGGAGGCUUUGGAGGCGGCAUGCAGGGCGGUUAUUCUGGCUACGGCGGCGGCGCCCCUGGAGGCGGUGGUCGACAGAUCUAUGUCGCUAACCUUCCCUACAACGUAGGCUGGCAAGAUCUCAAGGAUCUAUUCCGCCAAGCCGCACGCAAUGGCGCCGUCAUUCGCGCGGACGUCCAUAUUGGCCCAGAUGGCCGGCCCAAGGGUUCCGGCAUCGUCGUAUUCGAGAGCCCCGACGACGCACGAAAUGCCAUCGCCCAAUUCAACGGUUAUGACUGGCAGGGAAGACUCCUAGAAGUCCGUGAGGAUCGAUACGCCGGAAGCGGCCCGAUGGGUUUCGGCGGUGGCCGAGGCGGAUUUGGUGGUGGUCGCGGUGGCUUUGGCGGUGGAUAUGGCGGUCGCGGAGGUUUCGGAGGGGGUCGUGGUGGGUUUGGUGGCGGCUACCCUCCCCGUGGUGGCAACUACCCUGGCGGCGGCUUCGAAUCCAGCGCAGGACCUGCAGCCCAACCGAAUCCUUUCACUGAUUACGCCACGGCCGGAACUGAACGAAGCGAGAUUAUUUACGUGAAGAAUAAGCAGCUCCCUUGGUCCACAAGUAAUGAGGACCUCGUCGAUUUGUUCUCCACUAUCGGAAAGGUGGAGCAGGCCGAGAUCCAGUAUGAGCCAAGCGGCCGUUCUCGCGGCACGGGUGUCGUCCGCUUCGAUACGGCUGAAACCGCGGAAACCGCCAUUGCGAAGUUCCAGGGAUAUCAAUACGGUGGCCGACCUCUGGGCCUGAGCUAUGUCAGAUACCUUCAUCCAGGUGGUGGUGAAGACAGCAUGGACACCGAUACCCACGGUGGCCUUACCCAGGACCAAAUUAUGUAA